CUUGGACACAUUACUACUCAGAAGACAAUUUGAACCAAACUUGUACAAAGAUCUUUACUACAUCAUUAUAAAGUAUAUACAAAAAACAGAGCGUUUCGGAGUGGUAAAUAGACAAUGAUCAACAUUCUCUCUUUCCUAUCCCGCCGCUUCAUCUAUUCACUGUACCCGCAGCCUUUUUUCUCUUCUUUCACCUUUAUUUAGUUUAUUUUAUUUUUUUGUUGUUUUUCUUAUGGAAAAGAGUAACACCUUGUAAAAUAACUCCUUGAACUAUGUAAUGGCAAUUUGCCGCUUUAGUUCCAGGGUUAGGGUUUCUUUAUCUUUAAAUAAAUAUAGUUUAAAUCAAUCCGGCCAUCACCGGAAAAACUUGAAAUAUAAAUAUUUUGAUUUUUUCACAUUGGUAUAUAGCCCAAAGCGUCCUCUUCAAUAUGGAAGAUGGAAGACAAGCGAGGCAUUGAUUUUCAAUGGUUCGGGCGGUAUAUUGGAUUUUCUUGGAGUCCAAGGACUAGUAUCUGGUGACUUAGCGUAGCCUUGAAAUCGCAUGAAACAUACGUAAUCGACCAUGCUGAAUCUAGUGGCAAUGUCUGUUUUUGAGAAAGAACUCAAAAAUCUAGUGAAAACCGAAUUUUACAACAACUGCGGUUUCCAGACUGUUUUCAUCUAAUAUUAAAAAAUUCACAAUUCACUUAAAAGGCAUCAGACUGACUUCACAAUUCCAGGAUAAGAUUAAUUUUGGUCGCUAAACGUGUUUAUACGAUCGGAAAAAUGGAAAACGAUAUUUUUGUUCAAAGGUUUUUUCGAAACUCUUUCGGAAAAUCAUUGGACUUUGUAGAUUUUUUUCUAAGUUUCUUUUUAUAAAUAGGAUUGAAAAUCAACCAUUGAAAAUCAAUACCUCGCUUGUCUUCCAUAUUGAAGAGGACACUUUGGGCUAUAUACCCAUGUGAAAAAAUCAAAAUAUUUAUAUUUCAAGUUUUUCGGGUGAUGGUCUGGUUUUCAAAAGAUCCUCUGGAAAACCUACUUUGGAAAAAAAGAUUCAAAAUGACUUCAAUGAUGAAAAAAUGCAGUCAGGUCUUGGCUUUCAAUUAGUGAAAACCGGAAGUCUCUAUCGCUUUCUUGUCAAACGUUAUUCAAAAAACACUCGAGUUCAUUCUUUUUUUUAACUGACAAUAGUAAUUUAAUCUACAGUGGUGUGCAAAGUUAUUGACUCAUUCCAUAUUUACGAAUUGUUCGACUUUGCGUGCGUUUGUUAAGCGUCAUUUCAAAAAGCCCCUAUUUGGGUUUUGUAGAGCACUUCCAUUCGUAUUUAUUAUCUGACUUAGGUUAUUAAAUAAAAAAAUACUUUCAAAAAGUCACAGUUUUUUGUCUGUGCAAAAUUGUAGACUCGUCAAAAGCUUUCAUCAAAACAACUGUUCAAUGUUUAUCAGUAUUUACUCACUGGUCCUCCUGUGGCCAUCCGGCAGUGUUUCACUAGACGUGGUAUCGACUCAACCAAUUUUUUUCAAUUUUCCGGGCUAAAAUCCAUCGACAUUUGCUUGAUCAUCUUUUUCAGGUCUGUCAGGUUCUUUGACCGCAUGCUUUUGAGGCGAUCAUAUUCCACAAAAUUUCGACCCGGUUAAGAUCAAGAGAUGAAGCCGGCCGUGAGCGGAAUAUUGUUUCUAUCAAAAUAAUUCAUAGCAAAUUUUGAUGUAUAAGGGGAACAUUGUCCUGCAUGUGUAGCCAGUUGUCGUUUUGUGUGUCAAAUGUGCCUUAAAUAAAUAAAUUAGGUCGAAAAUAAAUAAAAUAAAACGGUGCGGUGGAAUUUUGUGUUCAGCUCCAUCUAUUUCUUUCCGAGAGAUGUCACUAUGAUCGGGGGCAAUUUAUCCCGAUAUCUUUUUAGUUGCAAAAAGGAAUAGAUAACUCAUACCUGAAUAUGCCUCUUCGUUUUUUAGUCUUUUACCAUUAGCGCUGAAUCAUGUUUCUAUACGGAGGAUUUUAAGCAAAACCCAGUAGUGUAUUAGAAUAAGGGAUGUUUAAAACGUUAGGCAGCUAACUUUUAUUCGAUUCAAAUUCAGUUUUGAAAUGGCGCUAUUUUCUACGUGUGUUUUUCAAGGCAAAUUUAAUCUAUGGUUUCUAUGCGAUCAAUGAGAAGUAACGAAAGAAAAUGAAUCAUAUAGUGUAUGUGAUCUAACGGCCAUUGAGAAAAAGUCCUUCCUUUCAUGCAUUCUUAGACGUUGGGUCUAAGUUAUAAGCGGCAGUUUCAUUAAAAGUGAGACAUAACUAAAAGAAUGUCGAAACAUAAAAUAAGUUUACGAUAGUUUAUUCAGUAAGAAUUAUGCUAGUGUAUAUUGAAUACAUCAUUUUGGCAAACGCAUUACGGAAUCAAUAAUCAAAACAUUUUCUCUUUAUUGUCAAAUUUCGAUGUUACAUUCCAAGUUCUACUAGAUCCCAUGCAUAUAUUACUACAAGGUACUUGCGAUUUUCACGGUAGUACCCACUGCUUUUCGUACAUUGAACAGAAAGAUGCCGCGCAAUUCUUCUUUUAAUUUCAGGUAUUUGUAAAUAUCAUUUGAAUGCAUUUCUUCAAAAUUGUGUCGAAACGAAUCGUUUUACAUUACCUCAAUUUUGUAAAGGUUUUAAUGAAUUUCCAUAUAGUGGAAGUGAAAGGUUAUCGAAACCAUCAAUGAAUAUUACAAUCGAAGAUUUAAAAAAUUGGGCUUCGGUUACAAAGCGAUUACCAGCGUGGGAAUGUGUUAAAGAUCAUAACGAUGAUGGAACAUUAGCAUGUAAUCUUUUUAAACACGAUACUAUUUUCUCUCAAUCUCAACCAUUAAGUGACGAUUUACGCUUAAACAUCGAUCAAUGGAAACUGCCCGAUUUACCGACACAUGUUGCGUCGAGUAUUCAAUUUAUUCAAUUUUGUAUCCAAUCGGAGCAAUUGUUUGUCUAUCUGACAACUAUUUAG